UUGUUACCGUCCUUCCUCUCUGGUGGCCUGCCAUGCUCAGAGUACUCUUGAAAGCAACGUUGUUGCCAACCCGUGGGGGAAAAUGUUUUUUCUCGACUUCUUUAGCCAGAAAAGCCCUUAAGAAUUCUGAGGGGCAGAAGGUACCGAGCGUCAUAUGGCCAAUAAGAGUCGGAAGUAAAUGGGAAAAACUUAGUUCGGAUGAAUUGUUUGAUCAAAAAACUGUUGCUGUUCUCGCUCUUCCAGGGGCAUUCACUCAAACCUGUUCAUCUAACCAUCUUCCUCGUUACAAUGAAUUGGAGGGGCUUUUUAAAAAACAUGGCGUUGACAAAAUAGUCUGUAUCUCCGUUAAUGAUAGUUUUGUUAUGAAUGAGUGGGCUCGCUCCCAGAAAAUUGAUAAAGUUACUCUUGUACCAGACGGAAACGGAGAGUUUACCGAAAAAAUGGGAAUGCUCGUCAACAAAGACUCGCUAGGGUUUGGAAAGCGAUCAUGGAGAUAUUCCAUGUUAGUUAAAAAUCGGGUCAUUGAAAAGAUGUGGAUCGAGCGCGAAGUUGAGGGAGAUCCCUAUGAAGUUUCUGACGCCGAGACCAUGCUGAAGUACCUCGACCCCUCUCGCGAAAUCCCCAAAGCCAUUACCAUCUUUACAAAGCGGGGAUGCCAGUUUUGCCAGGAGGCUAAGAGGCUGCUUGACUCAAAGAAUCUUCACUACGAAGAAUUAGUUAUUGGAGAGGACUUGACCCCCACGGGAUUACGUGGUGUCUCUGGAAAAACUACAGUGCCGCAGAUUUUUUAUGGAGGAAAACAUGUGGGCGGUCAAGAAGAACUUAAAAAGUUUUUAAAAAAUAUAUGUUUUUAAGGAAAUAUUUUUCCUCACUUGAAUAAAAGAAAUUAACAAUUUUUUAUUAAA